CUUCCGUUAUUAUCGAACUGGGGAAAAAUGUGAUUUUGAGGCGUUGUGAACGUUCCAUAUAAUUAAACUAAACGGCGGUAUUUGUGUUUUGAUUUAUUUUUAAAUUUGCCGCCAAUAUGCCUGUUCAUUCACGAGAUAAGAAAGAAAACAAUCACGAAGAUAUGGACGUCGACUACCCGGAGAAUGAAGGCAGUAGUUCCGAUGAUGAAGACACGGAGAGCUCCUCUGUAUCAGAGGAUGGGGACAGUUCAGAAAUGGACGACGAAGAUUGUGAAAGGAGAAGGACAGAGUGUUUAGAUGAAAUGUCCAAUUUGGAGAAACAGUUUACAGAUCUAAAAGAACAGUUAUACAGGGAAAGAUUAAGCCAAGUAGAAGCAAAGCUUGAGGAAGUUAUAGCAGGAAAGGCUCCUGAAUAUUUGGAACCUUUAGCAGCCUUGCAAGAGAAUAUGCAAAUCCGAACAAAAGUUGCAGGUAUCUAUAGGGAGCUCUGUUUAAAAACUGUAAAGAACCAAUAUGAAUGUGAGGUACAGGCUGCAUUCCAGCACUGGGAGAGUGAGAAGUUGCUUCUGUAUGAUACUGUACAGAGUGAAUUGGAGGAGAGAAUCCGGAGACUUGAAGAAGAUAGGCACAGCAUUGAUAUCACAUCAGAGUUAUGGAAUGAUGAACUACAGUCCAGGAAAAACAAGAGGAAAGAUCCAUUUAGUCCAGACAAAAAGAAGAAACCUGUAGUUGUCUCCGGUCCUUAUGUAGUUUACAUGUUACAAGACCUUGAUAUACUUGAAGACUGGACAACAAUUAGGAAAGCAAUGGCAACGCUUGGGCCACACAGAGUAAAGACAGACGCAUCCACCAAGACAGAAAAACAGCUUCACAGUGCCAGAUCAGAAGAUGGCAGGUUAUUUUAUGAUGGGGAGUGGUACAGCCGUGGGCAAACUAUAUGUAUUGACAAGAAAGAUGAAUAUCCUAUAAGUGCCACAAUAACAACCAUCAACAAUGAUGAAGUUUGGUUUAAGAGAACAGACAGCAGCAAGUCAAAACUUUACAUUUCUCAGCUGCAAAAAGGAAAAUACACCAUCAAACAUAUGUAGCUUCAUAAUUUUUGUGUCAGAUCUUUUUUUUAAAUGAACUUUUUGUAUCUGUACAACAAUGAGGGUGCUUUGACAUCUGAAUUAUUAAUAAUGAAAUAUAGUUAAUUCCAUUUAUUUGAAAUAUUUGGCUAUUAAAUGUGUUUAGUCUUAUCUGGCAAGGAAAGGUUACUUGAAUGGAAAUACUUUAUAUAAUGUCACUUUACUAGUUUACUAUUUUUUCAUUGUGCAUUUUCUACUUUACUCAUUAUGAAAACUAAGAUAUUUUUUGUUUAUGAACUGUAUACUGUUGAAAUCUAUUCCUCUCUGUUACCAUUUUGUUCAAAUGAGUGGAUGGAUUUUGUCAAUGUUGUGACCUCUGCCUCAAGGUGCUUGAUUCAAUCCAUGCCUAAGAUGAAUAAACUGCCCAUACAAUGUACAUCCAUGUUGACUUCUUAAAUUUGAGAGAACCAACCAGCAUGUAGCUCGACAUUGUGUCUCCUGGCACUGUAUAUUCUAUGAGCUUCAGACACCGUCGUAUCCACCUGAAUGUGGUAUCCAAUGCUAUCAGAUAAAAAAAACCUGCUAUUCUUCUGAAUGUUUUCAUUUUGUAAUCCAUUCCAUUACCUUGGUGUCCAUCGUGGUUGUUUCAAUUGAAUGGAACAAAAUAAUAUAUAGCUAGAACAAAUGUGAAAAUGCUGUAAUAUUGACAGUAGAUCUAAUGUGUAGAAUGUUUAAAAAAUUAGUCAAUUCACUUUCACAUCUGAGUCUUGAGCUUCACAAAUGUAAAUACAAAUAGGCCAUUUUGUUGUCACCUGAAUAUACUGAUUUUAAAUGACUGACAUAUUUAGAAUAUUAAAAUGAUUUUUGACAGGGGCACUUUGCUAAUGCUAAUGUUGGCCGAUUGCAUUAUGUUUUUGAACAGUAAUGCAAUUAAAUUUGUGGACUGCAAUUAUAUGAACUAGACUGAUUUUGUUGCCUUCUGUUUUGUAUAAAGGCACUGAAAUUGAGUAAAAUGCUUAUUUCGGAGUGUGGUUUCAUUAUAAACAAUGAUUUUAGUUCAAUGAAUAAAAGGUAUGUGGUUUUACACGUUCUGUAAUUCUUCGGGAUGGUGGAUUCUAGAACAUCUGGUGAAUUUAGAAAGGUUCUUUACAGAUAUAAUGUGUUGAGCACAGUGUGAAUAUUGGAAUAGAACAAUCAAAGUUAUGAUAUGGCCUAUUUCAAUUUUUUCUCUCAAUCCCAUAUAUUAUACAUUUAACAUAAUAUGCUUCAUACCAAGAUAAUUCCUGAUUUGGUUACAAAAUUUUGUCUUUAUAAAUAUACUUUGGCUGCUAAUGAAUGUUACCUUUUCUUGGAUAUGUCUAUGAAUAAAAUGAACAUGAAAUUGCAUCAGCCAAAUAUGAAUCAUUCUUGAAUAGUCAAUACAUUUUCAUUUAGGCAGGGUGUUGUCUUGCUGGUUUGAGAAGCACCUGGAUUUGUAUAUAAGGGAAAUUUGAUCCUAUGUAAUGGCCUAUCAUGAAUUUACAACAUUCCUUGAUUUGUGUGCCUGUUGGGAGGGAAAUUAUUUUGCAUGAAAAUGUUUUUAAAAAAUUGCAAAUGAUCAUGAACAGACAUUCUGUUAAAAAUUAUGUGAACCAUGCUAAUAAAAGCAAUUUUUAACGUUGUCUUUUUUUUUAAAAAAGCACCUUUCUGUAAAGGCAGAGGUCUUUUUAAGGGAUUGUGGUAACAGGUACUUUUCAAAAGCUGGUCUUUGGCUACUAAUAGUAACCAAAGCUCUGAUGCUUGUUCUGAUCUGCAUCAAAUCACUCCUGUGCUUAUUGACCUGCAGUAACUUAUCAGUUAAGUACAUGGUUUUAAGGGGUGUCCUUAAGAGAGACUUGAACAGUGAGUUCUAGUGAUUAGGGUCUUGGCAUCUGAAAGCACAAACAUGAAUGGUGGAUAUUUUUUGUGACAUUACAGGAGGUAUAUAUUGCUGGCAGUUGAUCAUUUGUAACUGCGUUUGUGAAAGUGAAGAUGAACUCUUCUUGAACAGCUACAGUCCAUCCAGUGAAGGUAUAACUACAAUGGAGAUGAACCAUAAAUUUUAUAAAAUUGAGAGUAAUUGAUACUAAGCAGUAAUUUGCAGCCUAGUACAAUUUUUUUUAAAAAAUGAAGCCCUCUUACACAUCAGUAUUGAAACUUAAGCUGCUUUUGUAUAUUUUAUUGUUGCUUAUAAUAAAGUAACAAUGGAUGGGUCACACCAAUGAGGUGAUGAUCAAAGCUGCAAAAUCAUAUUAAUUAUUGCCACUAUUCAGCUAUAAAUGAAGUCUUAAAGGAAUCCUAUUUCAAAAUGUUCAUCAUCAUCUCACCAGCUUGUAUCCUCCUAAAUUACAUUUUAAUUGAAUUAGGUGGCUAAUAAAAUAAUACUGUCCAUAAGAAAAAGACAAUCAGCAAAUCACUUCAAUGUUUACCCUUUGUCAUUGCAAAUUAAACAAAUUACAUUUAAUGGCCUCCUGGGCAACUUUAACUGAAAGCUCCAAUUUUGUGUGCUGACUACUUUUCUAGCAGUUGCUUUUUGCCAUGGUUAUUAUUGCCAAUCUUUUAAGUUGAUUGAGGAGUUGGUUGUCAAAAUUAAAGUGUCAGACUGAAGACAUUGUGGUCAGCUUACUUUAAUGGGUUUCAAUAAGCAAUUUGAAUGUUAAUGUUUGAUAUUUCACUAUCUAAUAUUGGAAUCUAAAUUUCUCUAAAUGCCUGACUUUUAUGAAAGUGCAAAACCUUCAUAAACCUUUUGGUGGCAGUAAACUCUGAUGGAAAUAAAGAUGUACGUGACAAGAUAAUUUGUACUGUCUUUGUUUUGGAAUAAUUAAGAUCCAGAUUUUGCAGUUAUAGUUUUAAAAAACAUUGAGAAAAAAUAAUACAAUUUUAGUUAAUAAAUUUUAAAGGGAAAGAAAGGUGCUGCUUAGUCACUUCGCAGGAUUCAAUACAGUUUCACUUACGGAGAUAAAUAGGAGCUGAAGACUGGAGUGAUUUUAUGCAUAUACACUAUUAUGAAACUCAGUGGUUGAUUUUGUUUUUAAAAUACAUUCUGUAAAUAUAUAACAAGUUAAUUCAAAUAUUCCCUGGUAUAAAAUUGUAAAUACCUAGGAAGCAGGAUAAGUAUUUGACAGGUUAGACUAAAUUUCCAUCUUAAG